GCACAGAGUCUGCAGCUGAAGGCUCCUCCUCUUUACUUUUUAACAUGGCUCGUGGACCUAAGAAGCACAUGAAGCGUUUGAACGCUCCCAAGCACUGGAUGCUCGACAAGUUGUUGGGUUCCUAUGCUCCCAAGCCCAGCGCUGGUCCCCACAAGACCCGCGAGUGCCUUCCCCUCAUCAUCUUCUUGCGUAACCGUCUGAAGUAUGCCUUGAACGGUAAGGAAGUCCAGAACAUCCUUAUGCAGCGUCUCGUCAAGGUCGAUGGCAAGGUCCGCACUGACAGCACCUACCCCGCUGGUUUCAUGGACGUCAUCUCCAUUGAGAAGACUGGUGAGCAAUUCCGUCUCAUCUAUGAUGUUAAGGGUCGUUUCACCAUCCACCGCAUCACUGAGGAGGAGUCCAAGUACAAGCUCUGCAAGGUCCGCAAGGUCCAACUCGGUGCUAAGGGUAUCCCCUACGUUAUCACCCACGAUGGCCGCACCAUCCGUUACCCCGAUCCUUUGAUCAAGGCUAACGACACCAUCCGUUACGAUGUUGAGAGCGCCAAGAUCACCGACUUCAUCAAGUUCGAAGUUGGCAACGUCUGCAUGGCUACUGGAGGUCGUAACAUGGGUCGUGUUGGUGUCAUCGUCCACCGUGAACGUCAUAUUGGUGGUUUCGAAAUUGUCCACGUUAAGGAUUCCCUUGACCGUCAAUUCGCUACCCGUAUGUCCAACGUUUUCGUCAUUGGCCAAGGUAACAAGCCCUGGAUCUCUCUUCCCAAGCAGAAGGGUAUCAAGUUGACCAUUUCUGAGGAGCGUGACCGUCGCCGUGCUGCUGCCCAACAGUAAAUUUUUCACUCAAAAAU